UACAAUACCCAUUUAACCCCAUCGACUUCUCUAUCGCUACUCUCACCGGUCACCUCGACGCAACUACGAACUGAUAUCACUGCAUCUGGUCUCACCCUCGAGCCUCGACGAACUACUGCUGCUGAUUUCUCUCUCGCUGUCUCUCGAUCUUCUUGUCAGUGUCAUCAAGCUGAUAAACUCAAGUGGCAUUGCAAAACGAUGAAUAAGUUAAUUGAUUUUGGGAAGAAAGCUAUGUUCUACGUUAGGGUUUUAUCAGGUUAUGAAGAACGCCGUAUCAGAUCUUAUCGAUUGGAUCUUGAAAAACGUAUUAUUGAGGCAGAACGGAAGAAAGCAGAGAUUAGAAAGAUCCCUGAACAGCUUAUUUUAUCUGAGGUUAGACAAAUGGUGGAGGAGAUGAAAGCUGUAAACAAGCAGUUAGAGGACACGGAGGCUGCCAUUAAUGAAUACUUCUCACCAGUUGAUAAGCAAGCGGAAAUGAUAGUUGAAAUGCAGCUGAAAGAGGAGGAGAAGACAAUGAAGCAGAUGAUGCAAACCAUGAAAGCACAGGCUUUUCUAGAUCAAGAAGAAGCCCACAAAAAUGCAAAUCUCAAAAUUUCUGAGACAAAACAAGAGACUCCAGACAAUGAUUCCACUAACAUCACCAAAGCUCAAGCAGGAUGAUAAAACAACAAUCAUCAAAAGUGAUCUUGGUAUGUGUUUACAAGAAAUUAUGCACUGAUGAUUUUUAUAUCUACAUAUAAUAUAUAAGAUGGUGAGAAUACAAUUUCAAGAAAUUGUUGUUAUGAAUGAACUUUCCAGCAAUUGGAGAAGAUUUGGGGCAUCUGUUGGGGUAAAAUCCGUUUUUUCCUAAACCUAGAUGUUUUAGAAGUUGUGUUGAUUAAGAUGUUUUAGAUGAUGGUUUUGUUGUCUAGUCCUCUAUUUUGGAGAAAGAGGAUUUUUCAUUGAGUUUUUGAAGGAUUGUUGUAAUAAAAGAUGGUUUUUAGGCGUA